ACCAGCACAGCCACUUUGGACAUAACAAUGUUGCCAUGAACACACACACACAGGCUGCCUAUUAUGUCUUCUUAUUUUGUUGGUCACGCCCCUCCCUCCACAAAGCAAGCUCAGUGUGUGCAGGAAGCCAGGUUCAGUUUUAUUUGUUGACAUUCACUAGGGUGCACAUGAUUCACACAUCUGCAACAUCUGCAUUCCACAGAGCUGAUAGACUGAUGGGAAGAAGAGAUUCUGCUAGCAGGGUCUGGGGCGCUUGCCUGGAGCUCCGGCAUUCCAGAGGCAGAGGUUCAGAGUCACGCUCGCUCUGCUACAAAGUGAGCUCCAGGACAGCAUGGGCCCUACCCGGGACUCAGCUGCAAAUCAGGGCUGGCGUGAUGACUUUGGCUGUUCUUCUAAGAGGAGCUGGGUUCUAUGCAUUCACAUAGGAGCUCACAGUCACCCAGGUCCAGGGUAUCCCGAUGAUGUCCCCUCUGGCCUCCCCAGGCACCAGGCACAAAAGUGGCAGAGACAUAAACGCAGGCAAAACACCCAUACAAAUAAAAAAAAUGAAAAGUAAUUUUUAAAAAGUCGGUCAUACAUGCCUUUAGUUCCAAUACUCCUGAAGCAGAGGCAGACAGGUCUCUGUGAGUUUGCCACAGUGAAUUCCAGGCCAGCCAGGCCUACAAAGCGAGACACUGUCUCAAAGGAAAAAAAAACAUCUGCACCUACUAGCUGUUCUCUCCUGUGAUGUGAGGGCAGAGAUGCGCUAACUUGGCAAAGGGAAACAGAAAACUUUAUCUGAUGCUUUCGGUUGGGGGGGCUAUUUUCGUCCUCUAAAGCCUGCCUUUUCCUGUAAAUCACGAAUGAUUAUGUUUGACAUUAAAGGUGACUGGCUCAAGGCGUUUAGGGGUGGAGCCUCCCACUAGGAAGCCUAGCCAAAAUAAUAGUUAUUGCCAGAUGCCAGGCAUCUACUGCGGAUUUAGGGUCAUUCCAAGUGGCGGAUUGUUGCAGGCUCGCUAGAACUACCCCAAAGCCCCGGCAUAGUCUGUGUCGUCAGGUGGAUUCCCACGGUUCCUCAGCCGGAAGGAGGUGGGGUCUGGAAGGUCUGGGACUUUAGGAAAUGAGAGGCCGGCGAGUCUCAGAGAGGUCCCACCUGGCAAUAACGGCGGCGUUAGUAGGGCUAGGGCUAUGCGGUCCUCCAGGCCGCAGGGAGCUGGCAGGGGUGCUGUCCCAACCAGGCGGGGCGCGGGGACCAUGGGUUCCUGGACUUCCAGGGCCCGGGUCCCCACGCCGGAGCUCGAUCCCCGGGAGACGCUGGACCUGAGCCGUCUGCCCCCGGAGCUGCUCCUGCUGGUGCUGAGCCACGUGCCCCCGCGUGCACUGCUGCUGCACUGUCGCCGGGUGUGCCGCGCCUGGCGUGCCCUGGUGGACGGCCAGGCCCUGUGGCUCAUGGUGCUGGCCCGGGACCGCAGCGCUGCCGGCCGCGCCCUGUUGACGCUAGCCCGCCGCUGCCUGCCCCCGGCCCGCGAAGACAGGCCCUGUCCGCUGGGCCAGUUCUGCUUGCGAGGACCGCUUGGACGUAACCUCAUCAGCAACCCUUGCGGUCAAGAAGGCCUGCGCAAGUGGAUGGUGCAGCACGGCGGGGAUGGCUGGGUGGUGGAGAAGAACAUGAAGCCUGUGCCUGGUGCCCCUUCGCAGACCUGCUUCGUGACUUCCUUCAGCUGGUGUCGCAAGAAGCAGGUUGUGGACCUGGAGGAGAAGGGUCUGUGGCCAGAGCUGCUGGACAGCGGCGGAGUGGAGAUUGCGGUCUCUGACUGGUGGGGAGCUCGACACGACAGUGGCUGUAGGUACCGUCUCCUUGUUAAGCUUCUUGAUGCUCACCAGAACGUCCUAGAUAAGUUCUCGGCUGUGCCAGACCCCAUUGAACAAUGGAACAACAAUAUCUACCUGCAGGUCAGCCAUGUGUUCUCCAACAUCAGGAGGGGUGUUCGUUUUGUGUCUUUCGAGCACUGGGGCCAGGACACACAGUUCUGGGCUGGCCACUAUGGGGCCAGAGUGACCAACUCCAGCGUGAUUGUGCAAGUCUGUCGGUCCUAGUCAAAGGCCACCACCGUUUUGACAAGACAGCCUGACUGUGCCUUCCAGGAGCUGGGGCUGCUGACUGGAAUCCUUCACAAAUCAAGCGCUCAAACCUUCCUGGCACAUGUCACUCUGGGAUCAGUGGAGGCUCCUGCUUGGCCACGCUCAGAGUCUUGAACACUGGAGUCCUCCCUCAGCUCUGCCCACUGCUGCUGCUUGUAGAGCGGGGUGCCGGGCGCAUGCUCGUCUCGAGGUCACAAGCUGCUCUGUUUCGGUUCAGUCUCUCACUGCCCUGUCCUCAGUACUGAUCCCCCACCCUUUUCUGAGGCAGGGUCUCGGGUAUCCCAGCUGCAAACCAAGGAUGAUGUUAGCCUCCUGCCCUUGCCACUCAGAGCUGGGAGUGCAGGCAUGCACCAGGACCACCCAGGCUUGUGCGGUGCUGGGGUAAGCAGGGGCUUAGUGCAAGCCAAGCGUAUAUUCUACCAACCAAGAAGCAUCCCCAGCAAUGCCUCCUUGUCCCCCUGUUUCUGCCUCAGGGACUUCUGUGGUCCGUUCACUGACGUCCCCCGCUUGUGUCUGAGCUUAAUGGCUAGCAAAAUUCCAACUCCCGUGUGAACCCAAGCGCACAUAGCUACACCCAGGUCUCCUCAUUGAAGGGGGUAUCUGCCCACAGAUUGUCUCCAAACAAUGAGGAAGGGCCUCGAGCCCCGGCCCUGAUCCUCAGGGACCUCUGUAACUGUAUAAUAUUUAAAGUUAUUUAUCAUUUUCUCAAACAGUGAGAGAAUAAUAAUAUACUGGCAAUAUCUGUCUGCCAACUGCACUG